AUGAGCUUAUCGUUUGUCUCCAAGGCGGUCCUGACGGCGAAAGAAGGCGGAGGCUAUGAGGAGACAGCCGUGGAAGGCAAGGAGAGCGAAGGCUCUUCGGGGGUGACGACGUCCAGCCAACCGUUGUUUGAACAGCUGCGAGCGAACAAGGAACAAGAAGAAAUGGAGCGGGACGAGUUCCAAAAAUCAAUAAUGCGGGGGACAUUGGCGCUGGACGAAGAAGACUGUGCUCAUUUGGAUGCUCUGCAGAAGCAACGACAAGAACGAGAGCAAAUGAUCCAGAAUGAAACACAGAGUGAAUUGGAAUCUUUUCGAGCCGCACAAGCUGUCAAUCGCAUGGAACAGGGAAUGAAAGACGAGGAUGAGGAGCUAGAGGUAAAGAGGAAGAGAGAAGACGAAGAAAUUCAACGAAAGAAAAAAUCUUCAGAAGCUGACAAAAAGGCGACAUCUGUCAAACCCAAAUUUCCCAAAAUAGUGGUCAAGAAGAAGCGAAAAGUGGAUCCCAACAAAAGCAACAAAGAAGAGACUGAUACUAGUAGUGUCGAGGCCAAAAAGCCAAAAAAGGAAGAAUCCAAACCAGCAGCAAAGGCUGAAACACCAGCGUUAUCAGGGCUGUUAGCAGGAUAUGGAUCAGAUUCAGAUUCAGAUUGA